AUGAGCCUGAGAUUUAAGGAUAAUUUGAAUGCCUUAUUAGAGUGCAAUCGAACCUAUCAUGGUAAUCUUGGCAUGACUUAUCACAUGGAAUUACAUCGUCCAAAGGAAGAGAAGACUCCGUAUGUUUGUCAACUAACAUUCACUGCAGCUGGUGGCAUGCAUGGUGACAUCGUUCAGAUCACUAUAUUGAACGGAUUCACCCUUGGAAAAUUCGUUUCCUUUACACAGAACGGCUGCCAGGAUGCCUUUCUGGAAUUCUCAGAGGCAUCACGUAUGCCCGUCGGUGGAAUGUUCUGUGGACAAUCUUGGGGCCCUUCCGUAUUUUAUAGUGAAACACAUUCACUCAUACUUACAGUGAAACUUUUCAAACUCUUAAGGGAACAGAACGGAUAUAACUUCGACUUUCGGAUAGAAUAUAAGUUUUUGUCGAAAGAAGAGUCCGUGGUGCGCUACGGGGGAAUAAAGUCUGACAUUUAUGAGAAUUUGACUAGAGAUACACAUCAUUCGUCUAAUAAUUAUGACAAUAAAUUUGCUUCACCAAAGAAAUCCAAAACUUUCGACAGCUACCAAGAAGAGUUUGAAAUAAGAUCGAAGAACUGGUAUGAGCAUACACUCAAUUUGACGACAUCAUCUAUUGGAGUGUCAGCUACGGGAAAAAGUCAACGAAAGUCGAAGUCAAAGGCGACAAAGAACUCAACAAUUGAUGCAAAAUAUUAUUUAGGUGACCUCAUACCAGGCACAUACUGCUCGCGGAUCUAUAGCAAUUGCGAUAAAAAGUUGUGUCGUUUACAAUCGCCAAACUUUCCUGGAACUUAUCCAAGAAAUCUCACUUGUUAUUAUGCUGUUCGUCAACACGAUGUCCCACAAGGAAAGCAUGCACUUAUUACAGUUAAGCAACCAAAAGGCAACCUUGUAUGGAUAAUAGCUGGAAAUCAAGCACAACAGACGAAAAAUGAAAAAGAGAAACUCAAACCAAAACUUCAGACCGGCCCUGAGCUAUUGGUUGAAUUUACAACAUCCCCAUAUGGCACGUUUAACAACCUUCAACAAGAUACCAUUCUGCAAGCUUUCAACGGCUUUCAACUGGAAGUUGAAGUGACCUUUGUCGACAUUCAAAGUCCUACAUAUGCGAAAAGUAAAAGGUCGUGCGAGUUUUGGGUGCGCGGAACAGGGCACGGUGUGCUUGAAAAUCCUAAACAUUCAAUUGCACCCAACACAACAUGUUUGUAUCAUUUCCAAGGAACCGAAUUACCAUCACGUUCAAUGGAUCAAUUGCAAGUGUCAUUAAGACGUGCUGGUGGAAUUUCACCAACAAAUUCGAGGUUUAAAAUUUGGUUGUCGGUGCUUAAAUUUGAUUACGCGCCAAUAUUUGAGUCAACUGAUGAGAACAUGCUGCUUCAACCGCUUAAAGAAGAUUGCUCAGGAAUGUUGAGAAUCUUCGAUGGACAACUUCGCGAACCUCCCGUGUGUAAGGACCUUGAUUGCUAUGUAAAUGAAAGAGAAAUGCCUCAAAGAUUAAUGAGACUUGGACAUAAUCACACGAAUGUCAUUGCAAGAUAUUGUCGUGGUUCAAUACCACGAAGUUGCGAUCAUGUUGUUCUCAAUUCAACCUUCAGUCGGCCGUGUUCAAUGCAAGAAAGUUUUCUCUCAACAAGCGACUACGCGACAUUAGAAUUGAAAGUGACUGAGUCAACUGCUUUAAGGCCACUUAACUUCAAAAUAAACUACGAAUUCGUUGACUUGUUUCAAGACGGAAUGCCAUUUGAUAACGAUCAAGGAUGUAACAGAAAGUUUGUUAGUAGCGUAAUUGAGCCUCAAAUUGAACCAAUUAUGUUUAGAAGCAAUCGCAAUGUUUUCUUCUUUGGAAGAAGUGGAGCUAUAAAUUUAAACUGUGUCUACCGCUUUGAAGCGCAACGAGGUGAACGUGUGAAAAUUGUCGUUUAUCGAAUGAUGUCGGGUAAUCGAACAUGCGAAUCGAAAAUGGAAAAUGAUACUCAAAGGUCUUUCUGCUUCGGAAAUAAUUCAGCGAAGCUUGAAAUAUUCGAAAGACCGUGGCACGAUUCAGCGUUAUUCGUUCGAGAUUGCAUUUGUAACUCGUCAAUGGCGAGUGUUUUGCCAUUUACUUACAUCUCGAAAAGUAAUGAAGUUGAAGUCCAUUUUACUGCUAUCAACAUGACAAGAUAUGAUGAUCCAGACUCAUUAAACUUUCAAGCAACUUUUGAGUUCAUUAAGCCGAUUAUUCCAUUCGAUUGUAAAGAUGUGAGACGGAAACUUGGCUCGGAAGGAACAAUUUCCUUAAACGAUGGCGAUCUUGAAUGCAAAUCACGACCAUGGCUUAUUGAGCCAUCGACCAACAAAUAUCUUUACCUAAGCUUUCGAGGUUAUUAUCUAAGUCGAUAUAAUCCUCAAACACCACUGCCAAUCAACCAAUCUACCACAUAUGAUGAGCCAAUCUGUCCGACAAAAUCUCGUGUGAUUAUUACAACAGGCGAUAGCAUAACAAUCACGGCAUGUCCAUUAUCCGACGAUUAUAGCAAUCGUCAUUUGGUGGAAGUUUUCAGCGCUGGUUGGCAUCAUAAACCGUUUUUCCAACGUCAUGAAUAUUCACCAGCACUUUCUGUUGAAUACAUUCCUGAAAUCUAUGACUUUAAUGAUUAUUUAUUGACUUGGUUGGAAUUGUCAAGACAUCCACAAGUUGCCGAAGGACUUGAAGAUUGUCAAUAUUCGUGUCCAGAAUUGCAUGCAUGUGUGAACGGAUCAAUCUGGUGUGAUGGAAAAGUCCAUUGUCCUUCGGGUUAUGAUGAAUCAUUUAUUCACUGUUCAACAAUUCUUCGACUGCCAGCAGAAGUACUCGCCGUACUCUGCGUGUUACUAAUUAUCGCUUGCUGUGCAGGUUCAUUUUACAUUCGCAGAAAAAUAAAACAUCACUGGCAACGUAGUUCAGUGCUUCAAACACGAUUAAAAUCGAUGAGUUCUGUUAACACGAACACCGACACUGCAGUUUUUGACGAAAAAGAUUUCAUUAGCUGA